AUGCGGCGCUUUGUCUACUGCAAGGUGGUUUUGACCACCUCGUUAGUGUGGGUGCUGGUGGACGUAUUCUUGCUCCUCUACUUCAGUGAAUGUAACAAAUGUGACGACAGGAAGGACCGGUCGCUGCUGCCUGCCCUCAGAGCGGCGAUAUCAAGGAGUCACGAGGGUCCAGGGGAGAUGGGCAAGCCGGUGAACAUCCCAAAGGAGGACCAAGAGAAAAUGAAGGAACUCUUCAAGAUUAACCAGUUCAACUUGAUGGCCAGUGACAUGAUUGCACUCAACAGGAGUCUGCCUGAUGUGCGGCUGGAUGGCUGUAAGACCAAAGUGUACCCAGAUGACCUCCCUAACACCAGCAUUGUCAUCGUUUUCCACAAUGAGGCAUGGAGCACCCUGCUGCGAACCGUCCACAGCGUCAUCAACCGCUCCCCCAGACACUUGCUAGCAGAGAUAUUGCUGGUCGACGAUGCCAGCGAGAGAGAUUUUUUGAAGAAGAAGUUAGAUAGCUAUGUGCGAACCUUGGAAGUACCUGUUAGGGUCCUGAGGAUGGAGCAACGCUCAGGUCUAAUCAGAGCCAGGCUGAGGGGGGCUGCCGCCACCAAAGGACAGGUCAUCACCUUCCUGGAUGCCCACUGUGAAUGUACUUUGGGCUGGCUGGAACCUCUGCUGGCCCGAAUUAAAGAGGACAGGAAAGCGGUGGUGUGUCCUAUCAUUGACGUCAUCAGUGACGAGACGUUUGAAUACAUGGCAGGCUCGGACAUGACCUACGGUGGAUUCAAUUGGAAGCUGAAUUUCCGCUGGUACCCUGUUCCACAGAGGGAGAUGGAUCGACGCAAAGGGGACAGAACACUUCCUGUCAGGACCCCUACCAUGGCAGGGGGUCUGUUCUCUAUUGACAAAGGAUAUUUUGAAGAAAUAGGAACCUAUGAUCCCGGAAUGGACAUCUGGGGUGGAGAGAACUUGGAGAUGUCUUUCAGAAUCUGGCAAUGUGGCGGCUCUCUGGAGAUUGUCACAUGUUCCCACGUGGGUCAUGUAUUCAGGAAGGCUACCCCCUAUAGCUUCCCUGGAGGAACAGGCCAAGUCAUCAACAAGAACAACAGACGCCUCGCUGAGGUCUGGAUGGACGACUUCAAAGACUUCUUCUAUAUCAUUUCACCAGGUGUGGUGCGGGUAGACUACGGCGAUGUGUCUUCUCGUAAAGCCCUCCGUGAAGCCUUGCAGUGCAAACCAUUCUCCUGGUACCUGGAGAAUAUCUACCCAGACUCGCAGAUCCCAAGGAGAUACUACUCACUUGGUGAAAUAAGAAAUGUUGAGACCAACCAGUGCAUGGACAACAUGGGGAGAAAGGAGAACGAGAAGGUCGGCUUCUUCAACUGCCACGGGAUGGGUGGAAACCAGGUGUUCUCAUACACAGCAGAUAAGGAGAUCAGGACAGAUGACCUCUGCCUCGACGUCUCCCGCCUCAACGGGCCUGUGGUCAUGCUCAAGUGUCAUCACAUGAAGGGCAAUCAGAUGUUCGAGUAUGACGCAGAGAAGCACACCUUCCUCCACAUCAUCACCCAGUCAUGUCUGACCAUCAGCCGUCUGGAGGACGGUACCUAUGGCCCCACUGUGGAGUACUGUAACAACAGCCCUAUGCAGGCCUGGAUCCUUCGCAACUACACACGCCUGGAGGUCUUUAGACGGCUCUACUACAGCCCUACUGAUUACUUUCUAUAA